CGCUGUGUUACACAAGAAUAACGGCGGUGACAGGCAAAAUCUGACAUCCAGCAUGGAGUCAACAUCCCGGAUCUCGUCCUUAAUGGACCCAGCAAGAGACUUGACUGUGGAUGCUGCUCAGGCCAUGAGCAAGGCUCUGAAAGGCGGUAGCUCAUCUUCACGGAACAUACCUUUCACAAAACUGAAGGCACUUCUUGAUAGCAGAAGCGAUCGAGAUAUACUCGAUGGGUUGAAAAGAGUCAUAUCCAUGAUAUAUCAGAACAAACCAUGUCUGCCAUACUUUUCGUCUGUCGUCAAAAACGUUGCCAACCCAAAUUUGGAGGUCAAGAAAUUGGUCUACAUCUAUCUGCUACAUUAUGCGGAAUCAGACCCGGACCUGGCGUUGCUUUCGGUCAAUGCCAUCCAAAAAUCUCUCACUGAUCAGAAUCCCCAAGUCAGGGCUCUGGCCUUACGGACCAUGUCAGGUAUGAGGGUACCAGUGAUUAGCCAGAUAGUUUCCCUCGCCAUCAAGAGAGGCGCGGGAGACAUGAGCCCCCAUGUCCGCAAAGCAGCCGCCCUGGCCAUUCCAAAAUGCUACAACCUCGACCCCAACACGCUACCACAAUUACUCGACUACCUAUCUACAUUAAUUGGCGACAAACAGUACUUUGUUGUCGGACCAGCUGUCCAAGCUUUUCUUGAGAUAUGCCCGGAACGAACCGACCUCAUUCACAAACAUUACCGUGGGCUGGUGAAGAAACUCGUCGACAUGGACGAAUGGAGUCAGUUAGCUACGCUACGACUCCUACUUUUUUACAGCCGCCGUUGUUUCCCUCAAAGAACAGAAAAAGUACCCAGAGUCAACAAAAAGGGGUUCUACGACGACGAACCAGACGAAGCCGUCGAAACCGACCAAAUCGUCGAGAUUCUCGACCCCGACCUGAAGCUCUUCCUCGACGGGUGUAAAUCUCUCCUCCGGAGCCGAAGUCCAGCGGUGACAACCUCAGUUGCGAGUGUGUUCCUCUACCUCGGAACUAGAGAUUACCUACAGGAAGCCGUCGGACCACUCAUCGGGCUCAUGAGGGGGGCUCCAGAAGUGGAAGAAGUCGCGCUAUGCAACAUCGUCUUGGUAUGCUUGUCAGCGCCAGAACUAUUCGUCCCAUACUCGUUACAUUUUUUAAUGCGAGCCCGAGACUCGCCACAAAUCUGGAAGCUCAAAAUCGAGCUCCUGACUCUUAUCUUUCCACAUGCGGCGUUGAACCUCAAAUCCAUCAUCUUGAGCGAGCUGGAGCAUUUUUCUCACAGUUCCGAUAUCGAAAUGAUCCGCGAAUCUGUGCGUGCAAUCGGACGUUGUGCACAGGUGGACCCGAAGAAUGCGCACCGAUGUUUCAAAGUCCUCCUCAAUCAGAUAUCGAGCUUCGACAAUGUUUUGGUUUCGGAGGUGCUGACAGUCAUGCGUCACCUCAUCCAGCAAGACCCGACAUCACACAGAAAGACCGUUGUCCGUCUGGCGCGAAAUCUGGACCGGACCGCGAGCCCCGAAGCCCGCGCCACCAUCAUCUGGCUCGUUGGGGAGUUUGCAAGCCUCGAUCCUGACAACAACAUCGCCCCGGACGUUUUGCGUAUACUUGUCAAAGGAUUCACCGACGAGAGUGAAGCCGCCAAACAGCAGAUUGUUCUGCUCGCAGCCAAGGUCUAUCUGCUCUUUUUACAAAAGCAUGUACCGACCGCCACGACCGACAACGACGACAACGGCCAGGAACAAAAUCACGACAACGACAGGUCCGUGACAAUUGACUCAUCCUACAUGGACCAUGCAAUAUCGAAGGUGUGGAACUACAUACUCCUGCUCGCUCGCUACGACACGUCGUACGACCUACGGGAUCGAGCAAGACUUUUCAAGGCCCUCCUCUCCAACCCACAAUCUAUACAACUGGCCGCACUUCUCCUCCUCGCGCCGAAGCCGGUCCCUCAUUCUCCAUCGCCGUCCGAAAGCCGCAAGGGCCUCGUGCUCGGCAGCACCACGCUCGUCUUGGGCACGGACGUCGCCGGCGUCUUGGGUCUUCCGGGCUACGAAGAACUUCCCAAGCGGGUGGAAGAAGGGCUCGAACCGGACCCGAAGCUUCGUGACGUCGGUGACCUGACUGAAAAGGAUGAGUACGUCCCCAUGUCGGCAAGAGGAGGGGCAAGUGCCACGGUCGCCGCGAGCAAGAGACUCGACGCCGCCGUCAGGGAUCAGGGGUUGGAAAAGGUCGUGGCCGCAGGAACGACCAAGCAGGCUGGAUCGAAGCCUAGAACACUAGAUGACUGGUUGGCCGAGAGUGAAGAAGAGGAGGACGAUGAGGACGACGAGACCGAGGAAGAAACCGAUGAAGGUACUGAAAGUGAGGAGGAGUCGGGUGAUGAAGAAGAAGAAGAGGAGAGCGAUGAAGAAGAAAGUGAGGACGACGAUGAAAAGGGUAUGCGUAAAGGUUUGAUAAGUAAGGGAUUGCCUUGAACGGGGCUUGUCCUUGUCCCGACGAUUAUACGUGUUUGUAGAAAAGUCACGUCGUGGUUCAGGUCAUGACUUCCCAACUCCCCGACCACCAAGUAUUCG